UCGACUUUACGUUCCCGGAAAGCAGCUUUCUUUGGCAGUCAGGUUCAUAGUAGCUCCCACGCAAAGUGUCAGGUUGUAGAGCUGUAACAUAGAUUCCCAAAUUUCCGAGUUGCACAAUGAUGGCGAUGGCUGACAGCGCGGAGGAGGUCAACCAGGCGGAAGGCCACCCGGACCCGAAGGCGGACGGCAUCAGCGAGUCGCUGCGCUCCCUGGACACCUAUGCCCCGGAGUCCGCGGAGCCGGCUUUGAGUCCGGCGGACCUUCCUGCCCGCAGCCGGAAGGCCUUUCUGCGGCACAUGAUCGGCCAACUGGCGGAGCCGGUGCAGAACCGCAUCCGGGCGCUGAGGCACAACCAGCUGCAGCAGGUGCGCAUUUCGGAGCAGUUCUUCCGCGAGGUUUACGAGCUGGAGCGACGUUUCUACGGCCAGAGCUGCGCGCUCUUCGAUGCGAGGAGGGAUAUUUUGGAGGGUGCGGUGGAGCCACCAGUCCAAACGGAGAAGUCCUGGCCCGAGGACCCGCAGGAUGCGCUGUACUUGGACUUUGGAAACAACGAGGAGCUGCGCCAGUUGAGGCAGAAGUUGGCUCCGGUCUCGCCGACCACCGGUCUCGUCGGAGUUCCACGCUUCUGGCUGACCGUCUUCCAGAACGUGCCGCUGCUCUCGGAGCUGGUCCAGGAUCACGAUGAGCCGCUGCUGGAGUGCCUAACGGACGUGCGCCUGGCCUACGACCAGGACAGCUACACGGUCAUCUUUCAGUUUCGGCCCAACAGCUUCCUGCACGACUCCUCGCUGCUGCUCACCAAGCGCUACUUCCUGCAGCACUCGGCGGACCCGGAGUAUCCCUUUCUGUUCGAGGGCCCCGAAAUAGUUCGCUGCGAAGGCUGCCACAUCCACUGGCGCGAUGGGUCCAACCUCACGCUCCAAACGGUGGAGAGCAGGCGAAGGAACAGAGCUCGCCGCGUCACCAAGGUCAUGCCGCGAGAGUCCUUCUUCCGCUUCUUUGCUCCGCCGCAGGCGUUGGACUUGUCCCUCGCGGAUGAAACGACCAAGCUGAUCCUGGGCAAUGACUUCGAAGUGGGCUUCCUGCUGCGCACCCAAAUCGUGCCGAAGGCGGUGCUCUUCUACACGGGCGACCUGGUGGACAGCCUGAGCGCCGCCACUCCGGACAGUCGCUCCUUGUCCUCGGAGGCGGAGGCGGAACAGGAGCAGAUUUUGUGA